AUGUCCCAGAUUCUAGCACACACACAAACACACAUCAUUUUGUUUACCAAACACACUGAAACACGGAGCAAUGGCGGCUUUGCUCCUUUGGCUGUCAUGGCUUCUACUCUCCCUCCUCUCCAUCUACCUCCUCGACCUCCUCGCACACUCACGACGCUGCCUCCCGCCGGGACCCCGUCCGCUGCCGCUGAUCGGCAGCCUCCACCUGCUCGGCGACCUGCCACACCGCUCGCUCGCCGGCCUCGCCAAGACUUACGGCCCUCUCAUGUCGCUCCGCCUUGGCGCUGUCACCACGGUGGUCGCCUCCUCGCCGGAGGUCGCCCGCGAGUUCCUGCAGAAGCACGACGCCGUCUUCGCCACCCGUUCAACCCCCGACGCCACCGGUGACCACGCCAGGAACUCCGUCGCCUGGCUGCCCCCCGGGCCGCGGUGGCGCGAGCUCCGCAAGAUCAUGGCGACGGAGCUGUUCUCCACGCGCCGGCUCGACGCGCUCCACGAGCUCCGGCAAGAGAAGGUGGCGGAGCUCGUCGACCACGUGGCGGGUCUGGCGCGCGACGGCACGGCGGUGGACAUCGGCCGCGUGGCGUUCACCACGAGCCUGAACCUCGUCGCGCGCACCAUCUUCUCGCACGACCUGACGAGCCUCGACGACCACGGCGCGUCGAAGGAGUUCCAGCGACUGAUCACGGACGUCAUGGAGGCAGUCGGCAGCCCGAACCUGUCGGACUUCUUCCCCGCGCUCGCCGCCGUCGACCUGCAGGGCUGGCGCCGGCGGCUGUCUGGGCUGUUUGCGCGGCUGCACCGGCUGUUCGACGCCGAGAUGGACCAUCGCAGGCUGCACGGAAUGAAGGAGAAGGACGGCGACUUCCUGGAGGUGCUCCUGAGGCUCGCCGCGCGGGACGACGACACGGCGAGGCUCGACGGCGACACGCUCCGGUCACUGUUCACGGACUUGUUUACUGCAGGUAGUGACACAAGUUCUAGCACAGUAGAAUGGGCAAUGGCCGAAUUGCUACAGAACCCAAUAUCAAUGGCUAAACUAUGCGAUGAGCUAAGACGAGUUGUUGGGUCAAGAAGAAGAAUUGAAGAAUCUGAAAUUGGUCAAUUGCCCUAUUUGCAAGCUGUCAUAAAAGAAACAUUUCGACUGCAUUCACCAGCUCCGUUAUUAUUACCACGGCAAGCUACGAGGACGAUCCAAAUAAUGGGUUAUACAAUACCUAAAGGUACUAGAGUGUUAAUAAACGUGUGGGCCAUGGGUCGAGACGAAGAUAUAUGGCCAGAAGCGGGAAAGUUUAUUCCGGAGAGAUUCCUAGAAAGGACAAUUGACUACAAAGGUGGAGAUUUGGAGCUCAUCCCAUUUGGUGCGGGACGACGAAUCUGCCCUGGAAUGCCAUUAGCUGUUAGGAUGGUGCAUGUACUUCUUGCAUCCCUGUUAAUUCAUUUUAAAUGGAGACUCCCAGCUGAGGUAGAAGGAAAUAGAAUUGAUAUGACGGAGAAGUUUGGUGUGACUUUAGCAAAAGCCAAUCAUUUAUGUGCGAUGGCCGCACCAACGUAAGUCAAUCAGGCUCUUGUGGGUAAAAAGUAAUAGAUUGCCUUUACAAAUGGAAACAUUCCAUCAGGAAUGUGAUUAUUGGUGCAAAUAAAUGAAUAGUUUUGUAAAUUUCUGGGUAUGUUAUUUAACUGAUCGAAUCGGAUAAGUACAAAAAUUAUAUUUGUGCA